AUGUUCGCACUAUUUGAGCGCCAUCCAUUAUUGGCGGCGUUCACAAUUGGGGUCUGCACGGUGCUCGCCUCAGAAAUAAUUUGGAGCGCCUUCCAUCAUGUGCGCAACCGUAAGCGGCGCGCUGAUGAAGAUGUGGUUGAGGACGACGACAAGUUCGAGGAGAACGAUACGAAUGCGGCUGCGCAUGCGCUGAACUUUGAGUUUACGAAUAUGAUUGACAACAAUUUUGUUGCUGCGGCCGAAGACAAAGCAGAUAUUGAGAAUGAAGAUGAGAACGAGGCACAGGUUGAAGGUAUUGUUGAAAUUGGAGAAGCAAACAAAUUCGAGAUCGAGAAUGUGGCCAGUUUCAAGAUCGAAGAUUUGUUUGAAGAUGAGGACGACGACAUGAUUGAGUUUGAAAAUGCAAUCCCAUUCAAUAUAGAGGACGAGUUUCGGGACAAAAUAAAGCUCGACAUAAUCAAGAUUGAAGACGAGUUCGGGGCUAAAGACGCUGACAAAAUCAAGAUCGAAGAUGUGGAGGAGGACCAGUUCACGAUUGAGGAUGUUGGGGCGGACUAUUCAGAUAGUGAUGAUAUGGUUGCCGGCGAGGCUGAUGCCAAUGCUGACGAUUCCGUCGACGAAUCACUGUCGCCUAUUGGAGACCCCAACUCGAUACUCCCCAUACGCAGCAUGAAAUACAUUACGAUGCUAUUGGAUCUGGCCGUAUAUAGCAUCGACAUUACCAUGUGUUCGAUCUCGUCUCUGUUGCUGAUGGAGGCCCUCAAGCGGGCGGUGGACCGUGGGGUGAUUGUUCGCAUCAUCAGCAGCCACAACAUGAUUAAUAUCGUUAAAGCAAAGGCUUGGUAUCCCGUUAACGUUCGCAUACCCUUUCGCGGUCCGCUCUUGACAUUCAAAACGAAGCACACAUUCUGUAUCGUUGAUGGGGUGAAGCGCGUGGAGGAAAUUAUGGCCGCAAGCGGCUACCAAUUGAAGUGGAAACCUUUUCGCAGCGUCUUCAUUGUCGGCACCUUCAAUUGGACCCGGGCCUGCAACUGCUCCAUUACCUAUGACAAGGUUCUAAUAACGCCCCUCUAUGACGAAUACGAGCGCAUGUGGAAGAAUUGUAAGAUGAUUCGCAAUUUAUAUAAUAAAAGUAAAUAAUGGAAACGUGUA